GCGCCGGCCCGCCGGACUCUCCUUGCAGCGGCGGCCUGGGUGCGGAGUCCGGAGCUGCGGCGGCGAGUCAUGGCUGGACAAGCUUUUAGAAAGUUUCUUCCGCUCUUUGACCGAGUAUUGGUUGAAAGGAGUGCCGCCGAAACUGUAACCAAAGGUGGCAUCAUGCUUCCAGAAAAGUCUCAAGGAAAAGUUUUGCAAGCAACGGUAGUGGCUGUGGGAUCAGGCGCGAAAGGAAAGGAUUUCUAUAAUUGGCCUGAUGAAUCAUUUGAUGAAAUGGACAGUACACUUGCUGUUCAGCAGUAUAUUCAACAGAAUAUAAGGGCAGACUGCUCAAAUAUUGACAAAAUUCUUGAACCACCUGAAGGCCAAGAUGAAGGUGUAUGGAAAUAUGAACAUUUAAGGCAAUUCUGCCUUGAACUAAAUGGACUUGCUGUUAAACUUCAGAGUGAAUGCCAUCCAGAUACGUGUACUCAAAUGACAGCAACCGAACAAUGGAUUUUUCUUUGUGCAGCUCAUAAAACUCCAAAAGAGUGUCCUGCCAUAGAUUAUACCAGACACACACUUGAUGGUGCUGCAUGUCUUCUGAAUAGCAAUAAAUAUUUUCCCAGCAGGGUUAGCAUAAAAGAAUCAUCUGUAGCAAAACUAGGAUCAGUGUGCCGUAGGAUUUAUAGAAUAUUUUCACAUGCCUAUUUCCAUCACCGGCAGAUAUUUGAUGAAUAUGAAAAUGAAACAUUUUUAUGUCAUCGGUUUACUAAAUUUGUGAUGAAAUAUAAUUUGAUGUCGAAGGAUAACCUGAUUGUACCAAUUCUAGAAGAGGAAGUUCAGAAUUCAGUUUCUGGGGAAAGUGAAGCAUGAAGGGAAUCAUGUAGAGCAAUGUACUGAUCACAUAAUUAACAAUUAUGUACUGUAUAUAUAUCAUUUUAGACACAUCAAUCAUGUAUCCAUAUUAUAGCUUAUUUGUUUAGUAUAGGUUUUUGUAUGCUAUGUGUUACCUUUUAAAAUGAGAAAUACAUUUUAAGUUAUUCAUGAGCUGUAUAUUCACUGGUGUGGCACUCAUGGUUUUUAAGUAAGUUUAGUAUUAUCUGUUUAUAAUGCCUGUUAAUAAAAGAAUUUACAGUUUGGUAAAAUUGCUGCUAAACAAUCAUUGGAUCUCAAUCCUUUCAAACCUGUAAAAGAAUGAGCUUGUGUUUCUCACAAGCCAUUUACUAACGAUAAUAUUUUCUUUGGUUUCACCCUUAAGUUUUGAAAUUUUAGACAAUUCAGUAGUAUUCCAUCUGUACUGUUAACUUUUCCAGAAUGAGAUAAAAGUGUUUAAAAGGUCUGUUUAUAGCGUUUGAUACGCAUAACCGAUUAUGGAUAUGUUCAGAGAAAUUUGAGGAGUUGUUAGUAAUACUUAAAUAACCUUACUCUGCUACAUAAAGUAUAUUCUGGGUCAGUGUACUUGGAAACAUUACCUUUUUUGUGACAGUGGAUUAUUAAAUAUGUGAUGAUGACGAUAAGGCACAUACGUGAUGUUCCCAUGGACACCUGCCCCUUCUUGUUUCCUUUAGUCCUCUCCCGGAACUACAUUAGUCAAGAAACUUAUUUACCAAGCUAUGGUUAGUGGUGGCUUCUCCCUAUUUAUAUUUGUAUUAAUUGCAUAUGGAGCAUACCUCAGACUAGCAGUGAUGUUACACUACAGAAAAACUGUACUGUACAGGAAAACUGUACUGCCUACCUUUGUUUUGGGAAAUUGUUGUAAUUACUUAGAAAUAGUCAUUAAUAUAGUUUGACUCUUCCUGUUAGUAAUAUUAAUCUUUUCACCUAACACUUGGCAGCAUUAAAUAGAUAUGAAAAAGAUAGUGUAUUUAUUUUAUUCUUCCUCCCCCAAAGCUUAUUGUUUUAAUUAUAUGCACAUAUAAGACUAUUUACAGUAAUUCACAGGUUCCAGUAGUGUUGCUGAGUGGUUAUACUUUGAUUUUUUAUUUCAGGGUCUUAAAAAUUUAAGUGCAAACUUAAAAUGUAGGUGGUGGGGUUUCUCAUGAAAUGCGGGGGUCUGUUUGCCAUACUGUAACAGGGCACUAAGAUGGGCAGGGACUGUGCCAGCAAGUGGCACAGUCGAGGCCACCUCUGCUGAUCUAACAAACAGGAAGCUUCUUUUUUAUUUCAGAGUUAUUUUCAAAGGAAAUUGGAAAAUGCGUUCAACUUGUUUGUUUUUCUACUUAUUUAAAGAAAUGAUUUGUAUUGUAUUAUGAGACAAAUAUUCACAGGAAAGUUGGGAAAUGACAGCGCCCUGAGAGUGUGUGUGUAGUUGACGCCUGUCCGAGCCUGCCCUGUGCCAGCGGUCAUGGUCAUCACUGUGUCAGAGCCCACAACUAUCCUUUAAGAAGUUCUAUGUUUGCAGUGAAUAGAACAUUGGCUGAAAUUAGAUGUUCAUAUUACUGUCACCAUAAACCAUUGGAGUUAGUAAUUUUUAAAUAAACUUGGUAAAUAUCCUA